GCCUCCCCUCCCCAGGCCGAGGCCCAGCUGACCCCCAGGGCUCCCACGGCAGCGGACAGGGAAGGGUUAAAGGCCCCCAGCCCCCUGCCCCCUGCCCUGGGGAACCCCUGCCCUGUGGGGACAUGAACAGUGUUUGCUGUCUGGUCCUGGUCGCGCUGAGCCUGUGGCCAGGUAGAGCUGCUGCCCCGGGGCCACCUCCUGGCCCCCCACGGGCCUCCCCAGACCCUCGGGCUGAGCUGGACAGCGCCGUCCUCCUGACCCGCUCUCUCCUGGCGGACACUCGGCAGCUGGCCGCACAGCUGAGAGACAAAUUCCCAGCUGACGGAGACCACAACCUGGAUUCCCUCCCCACCUUGGCCAUGAGUGCGGGGGCGCUGGGAGCCCUGCAGCUCCCGGGAGUGCUGACACGGCUGCGGGCAGACCUGUUCUCCUACCUAAGGCAUGUGCAGUGGCUGCGCCGGGCAGGAGGCCCUUCCCUGCGGACCCUGGAGCCCGAUCUAGGCGCCCUGCAGGCCCGGUUGGACCGGCUGCUGCGCCGGCUGCAGCUCCUGAUGUCCCGCCUGGCCCUGCCCCAGGCGCCCCCAGACCCACCGGCACCCCCCCUGGCUCCCCCGGCCUCACCCUGGGGAGGCGUCCGGGCGGCCCAUGCCAUCCUUGGGGGGCUGCACCUGACGCUCGACUGGGCUGUGCGGGGCUUGCUGCUGCUGAAGACUCGGCUGUGACCCUCCACCUAGAGCCACCAGCGCCCUUCAAAGCCAGACCUUAUUUAUUUAUUUAUUUCGGGACUGGGGGCGUGGCAGCCAGAGGACUCCGCCCUCACCAUUGUCUCCCUCUAGUUAGAGACGAGCCCUCCAGGAGACCUGGGCAGGGGGGCAUCUGUGCCUUAUUUAUACUUAUUUAUUUAAGGGGGUGGGUGGGAGGCAGGUGGACUCGGGGGUCCCUGAGGAGGAGGGAACUGGGGUCCCGGAUUCUUGGAUCUCUAAGAAGUCUGGCCACAGUGUCUCCCUGACCCCCACCCCUCUCGGCUUGGGCAGGAGCAUAUAUUAUUUAUUAAACAAUUACUUUCUGUGUUGGGGUGGGGAGGGAGGGGAAAAGGAGGCCUGGGUUUUUGUACAAAAAUGUGAGAACCUUUUGUGAGAUAGAGAAGAGGGAAUUAAAUUUGUCAUACACAUCCA